UUGUGUUUGGGAGACCGUUCGCCGUCGAGUCAUCUGUGAAAAUCGAAAAAAUGUGUUUUUGAUGUGUAACUGCGCGAAUUAUUAAUUGACAUCGAUCGAAGAGGGCGGACAACAGUUUUCAUGUUCAGUGUGGUACACGAGAGCCUUCGCACUGGCUGUGGUCCCACUUUAAAAAUGUGUCUGGGAUGGAGACGUAGAAGUUGGGCCAAACAAAAAGUUUAAUUUAUUUUAUAUACAGACACAGACACACAUAUAUAUAAUAUAAAGGAUCAUGCAGUCGGGCGUACUGUGUUUAUUAUAUAUGCAGUGUUUUUUGGACGCUGUGAUUUUGUUUUUGCUUCUCCAACAUGGCACAUUCCUGCCCUCAGAGGGGGAUGGGAACGCUAGAGUUUUGUGUGUGAGAGAGAGAGAGAGAGAGAGAGAGAGAGAGGAGGGAGUGUGAGUGAGUGAGUGAGUGACUCUGCUCUCCCCGCAUUCCGGGGAGAGGGGCGAUAGAGGCGGCGGGCGGCUCUCCGCGCCUCGGGGACAAAGAGCCGGAGCUCGGAGCUUUCUGCGCACCGCUACAAAGUGUCUUCUUCUGCACGCGAAGCCGCCCGGUCCGGCAUUUUGGGCAGAACUCGGCCGGAGAACGAGCUGGAAAUCCGCGGAUCGAGUUACAGCCUCUCGCAGCUCUCAUCUCAACUUUUCUUUUUUUUUUUUUCCCCUCCCCAAAGUGGGGGAUGGGGAGUGCCUGGAUCAGCCUCCUUGUUUAGACCCGUCCGAGGAGGACAUCGCGAGCGCUCUCUCUCCUCCCUUCCAUUUCUCCAAAGAAGAACAGAAUGGGCUCAUAAAGUAACCGCAAAGAGGAGGAAGAGGAGGAGGAGGGGGGGGGGGGGGGGAGAGAGAGAGUAAAAUAGGGUCCGAAGGAUAACGGAGCCCCCCCGGCCCGGGAAGUUCGUUCGGGGCUCGCGCGCCGGAGCCGCGAGUCAAACUCGCUUCUCGCGAAAAUAUGUGCAGUUCGAGUUCGGCGCCGACGGAAGGGCCGCGCGCACAACAAAGUUGUCGGUUUGCUCGGCGCACAGAGUCUCGGUUCGAGGAGCUGCGUCGCGAGUGUGAGCUGCUGUGAGCAUCGCGGACGCCCGGCGGAGCGGAGCCUCCAACAUCAUGAUCAUCAUGUCCUCGCGGAGCGGCUCCUUUGUCGCAGGGCUGUGGGCCGCCUCCCUCCUCGCGGCGCUCGCCGCCUCCGCGCGCGGCAACGUCAACGACUCGCUGCUCGGCGACCCGUGCGAGAGGCGCGCGACGUGCGAGGCGCUCAAGUACAGCACGUGCCUCGGCUCCCCUCUGCCGUACACGCACACGUCGCUGGAGCUGGCCAUGGACUCCCGAUCGCAGGAGGAGGUGCACGAGAAGCUGACCAUGUGGUCCGGCCUGCGUAACGCCCCCCGGUGCUGGGCUGUGGUGCAGCCCCUCCUCUGUGCCGUCUACAUGCCCAAGUGCGACGGCGGAAAGGUGGAGCUGCCGAGUCAGAGCCUGUGCCAGGCCACCCGCGGUCCCUGCGCCAUCGUAGACCAGGAGCGUGGUUGGCCCGACUUUCUCAAGUGCGACAAGUUCCCCGUGGGUUGCCAGAACGAGGUGCAGAAGAUCAAGUUCAACACAUCGGGCAACUGUGAAGCCCCACUGGUGAAGACAGACAACCAGAAGAGCUGGUACAAGAACGUGGAGGGCUGCGGCAUCCAGUGCAACAACCCGCUGUUCACCGAGGAGGAGCACUCGGACAUGCACGUCUACAUCGCCGCCUUCGGCUCCAUAACGCUCCUCUGCACCUUCUUCACGCUGGCGACCUUCGUGGCAGACUGGAAGAACUCCAACCGCUACCCUGCCGUGAUCCUCUUCUACGUCAACGCCUGCUUCUUCGUGGGCAGCAUCGGAUGGCUCGCCCAGUUCAUGGACGGGGCCCGGACGGAGAUCGUCUGCAAGAGCGACCAUACCAUGCGACUGGGAGAGCCCUCGUCCACAGAGACUCUAUCCUGCGUGAUCAUCUUCGUCAUCGUCUACUACUCCCUGAUGUCCGGCGUCAUCUGGUUUGUCAUGCUCACCUACGCCUGGCACACCUCCUUCAAGGCGCUUGGCACGACUCACCAGCCCUUGUCCGGGAAGAUUUCCUACUUCCACCUGGUCACCUGGUCCAUCCCCUUCGUUCUCACCGUGGCCAUCCUGGCAAUAGCGGAGGUUGAUGGAGAUUCGGUCAGUGGGAUCUGCUUUGUCGGCUACAAAAACUACUACUACCGGGCCGGAUUUGUCCUGGCUCCCAUAGGCCUCGUUCUCAUCAUUGGUGGCUAUUUCCUCAUACGAGGGGUAAUGACGUUGUUCUCAAUUAAGAGCAAACAUCCAGGGCUCCUGAGCGAAAAGGCAGCAAGCAAAAUCAACGAGACCAUGCUUAGGCUGGGCAUUUUUGGAUUUCUCGCCUUCGGCUUUGUGUUCAUCACAUUUGGCUGCCACUUCUAUGACUUUUUCAACCAAGAAGAGUGGGAGAGGAGCUUCAGAGAAUACGUUCUGUGUGAGGCCAAUGUGACCAUCGCUCACCAGACCAACAAGCCGAUCCCCGAGUGCACCAUCAAGAACAGGCCCAGCCUGCUGGUAGAAAAGAUCAACCUCUUUGCCAUGUUUGGCACGGGCAUCGUCAUGAGCACCUGGGUGUGGACCAAGGCCACCGUGCUCAUCUGGAAGCGAACCUGGUGCAGGAUCAUCGGACGCAGCGACGACGAGCCGAAGCGGAUAAAGAAAAGCAAGAUGAUCGCCAAGGCCUUCGCCAAACGCAAGGAGCUGCAGAAAGACCCGGAGAGAGAGCUGUCCUUCAGCAUGCACACCGUCUCCCACGACGGCCCUGUGGCUGGCAUUAACUUUGACCUGAACGACCCGUCCGGGGACAUGUCCUCUGCGUGGGCCCAGCACGUGACCAAGAUGGUGGCCAGACGAGGUGCCAUCCUGCCGCAGGACAUUUCCGUAACCCCCACCGGGACACCAGUCCCUCCUGACGACGACGGCAACAAGAACCACUUUUACAUGGUGGAGGUGGAGAUCUCCCCAGAAAUGCUGAAGAAGAAGAAGAAAAAGAAGAAGAAGAGGAAGAAGAAGAAGGAUUCACGUGUUCAGGGGCCCGCAGAGGUGAUGUUUGACCGGACCCUCCGCUCAGAGUGCGGUCCCAGCACGGUCCCCCGUCUCCCCAAGCUGCCGGGGACCAGGAGCCUGGUGGCCAACGCCCAGGAGCAGGAGCGGCACGAUGUUCUCCCGGGCUCUUUCCCAGAGAUCGGGCCCUCCUGUCCCCUGCCCUACCAGGAGAGAUAUGGAAGGCUGACCCUCUGUACGCUCCACGGAGCAGCGAACGCUCUGGACGGCGAGGACAGAGGCCCGUCGAGCGGCGUCCGCUUCUUUCCCUUACCCCAGCCGCAGAGAGGCCUGUUCUACUACUCCGGGGAUGUGGAACCCUCGGCUGGGGAGCCUGCGAGCGGCACCUACCUGCCCAGGACUCAGGGCAGAAGAGCCGAGCUUGUCCCCAUCCACUCUCGAACCAACCUCAUGGACGCAGAGCUAAUGGACGCCGAUUCCGACUUCUGACUCCGAAAACGACCGUUAUUUGCGUCCCCUGUGAGCAAGAAGCACUGGUUGCUUUUAAGACUUACACCCCUUGCUUUGUAGCGGCUUUUAGGAGAGGAAAGCAUAGCGGUGCCAGGGUAAAUUCGGUGGAGAGGCUCAAGUGCUGCAGGCCACCGUUGCGGGCAGCCUCCGGUAUUCUCGCAGCGAACACGGCGCCGUCCGCAGCGCCGCCCGCUUCCGCGACAUCCGCCGCGGUACCGCACCGCGCGCCGGGACGCGUACGCUCGGCAUUUCCCGAACGCAGCUUGGACUUCGCAGCCGCGCCUGCGUACGGAUGAACGGCGCCACACGCGACGUGGCGAUCGGACCAAUUUCGGCUAAUGCCCGCUCUCCUCGACUUUCAGCAUCGGCACACGAUGGCAAAUUUACCUUUCGCGCUUCGCUCUUUACGCGCCGGCGUGGUGCAAGCGGCACGUUUAAGAGCGGAAGUGGUAAAGGGGCAGGCGUUAUCUUCUUUUGAGCUAUUCGGAAAUAAAUGAAGGGUUGGACAACUCGGAAGCAACACAGCAGCUUUAGGUCUCUUUAAAAAUCAGUGCGCGUGUAACGGCUCAAGAUUUCCACCCAGUUGUAAGUAAAUAGCGAUUUUAUUUUUUUUACAGUAGAUUUUAGCGUUUCUCUUUUAGCCGUUGUAUAUACCUGUAGAAUAUCUCAGCAAAAUGCGACCGAGCGUCUCCGAGCAGGUUAGCGGGGCAUUCGCCGCGCGUCGGAGUGGAGCGGUGGUGAGCGGCGUGAACGGCGAUGCCAUUUAGCCCGUCAGACAGUUUUUUUUUUCCGGUCGUCACGUUUUGUAUUUUGUAGUUCAUAAAAGGGAGAUCUUGCGGUAUUGACCCGACAAGUAUCUAUAAAGUAGUCUGCAUCCAGGCUGGACUGGUGUGGAAUAUUAAUUAGCAUUAAAAGUAAUUUAUGUCCCCGUAUAGCAGAAUGGCUGAGCACUGACUGUGCUGACCAGAUAAGAGCUGCUAAUGGGCUUUAUGUCCUAAGUGCCAUUAACCGUUCUGCUUUGUGCAGAAGACUCACAGUUGUAUAGCAGUACUGCCCCAAAUGUCUCAUGUUAAUGAAAUCAAAUUAAAGGUUUUUAAUUUUACCUUCUAAAUCAUCGUCCAAGUUCACCAGGCCGGAGACUUUUGGCCGACGCUGUAUAUUGUGUGAGGGCUCAGGCCUGAUGAGACCCUUGGGUAUAAUAAGGUAUUUUUACAAGAAACUGCAGGAAAAUAUGGCAGCUCUGACUAAAGGAAUUUUUCGUAUGUCAUAUUUGUAAUUCUGUGAAACGCGGCUCCCUUUAUAUGUUUAAAAAAUAUGAGAUUCGUGUCUUGCUGUAACUGAAGAUUUCUGGACAAUGCAGAAUUCAUCCAAGUACUUAGCCCUCCACGUGUUGCCCGGAAUCCUCUCGAUGUCUUUGUUUUGAGAGGGGAGAAAAUGUACACAGUAUUCAACAUAAUAAUUCUAGCAGUUGUAUUUUUGUAUG